GGGGGAUUUCCGCUCGCCGAAUGAAAUCCUUCAAAUCUGAUCGGCGAGGUUUCUCCUCCGUGUCGCAUCGCAGGGGACCUCGCCGGGCUCCAGAAGCAGCUCCGCGACCUGGAGGCCGACCUUGCGCAAACCCUGUCCCUCAAAAUCGCCAAGGAGAGGAAACGCGAGCGCAUGAGGGAGUCGAUCUCGGCCUCGGCUGCCGCAGGUGAGCAGCUCAGGAACACCAUCGCCGAUCAGAUGAACAGGAGAGUCCAACAUGCCGCGGCCGUAUCGCGUGCGCUCGACGCCGUCGAGGCUCUUGAAACGAAGGACAGCGAAGAUGAACAAUGGAGGGAAGAUAUAGACAAAGCUGUUUCAUGGUACCAGCAGUUUGCCGGCUUCCAGGUCGUUGAGAAAGUAGGAGGUGUGAGAUUCAUCUUUGACAAAGUUGACUCGCAAGUUCCCGAGAAGGAGUUCUCGAUGGUCUUAAACUUUGACAAAGACUCCGAGGAACUGCUCAAGGAUUUGAACCUCGCUAACGAUCUACCCAAGUUUGUAAGAAUAACCCGAGAAAGGAUCCAGGCUGCUUCGAUGAAUGGGACUCUUCCUGUAAGCACAAUGGUUUGUCCAGAUGCUUCCCCUCUACAAAUCUCAUCUCCGCCGAUGAUGUCAGUUGAUUCUAGCAGCAGAAAUGAUGCUGACCAAAGCCACUCCCAAAGUAAGAACAAGAAGAAGGCUCUUCCUGCUAAGAGAAGAGCUUCUGCCUUGUCGGCAGCAUCUCCUGGCUCUGUGCGUCGCUCCCCACGUUUUCCGGGACAUGUGAGUCCUCAGGAAGCAGACUCUGACCACGGAAAACUAAGCCCUGACUGAUGACUGCGUGUUCUGCUCUCGCUGCCCCUAUGUAAACAUGGCUGAGCAUAGGUUUCUACCUUUGGCUGCCUCCAAAAAAAUACAAGAUUGUGUCAUGAAAGAAGAAACAGUUUGAAGACCUUGAAAUUUUGUUGGUUUCUUUCAUACUUAUUUUGUAAUAGUUAAAGUCAGCUGGUGUCUUAUUGCCAUGUACUAUUAUUUAUUACUAUAAAUAUAUGUGGUAUUGAUUGUAAAAAAAUGACAUAA